AUGGCAGACCAAGAAAACCCAUCCCAGCCCGCCGAAGACCUCACAGUCUUUGUUCAAAACUUACUACAGCAAAUGCAAGGAAGGUUCCAACAAAUGUCAGACGCAAUUUUAAACAGAAUUGACGAUAUGGGAAGCAGAAUCGAUGAACUAGAAAAAUCAAUUGGACAGCUUAUGGAAGAAGCAGGAGUAGAAGAAGCAAAAUCGCCAAAUCGUUAA